CUGGUGCUUGUCAACAAAGUGUUUGGAGCCCUUUAACUUUAGCAUUUAAAUCUAUUAGAGUAUAGCUUCAAAUAAUUAGUUUGAAUAUAAUUUAUUCAAUUUGACAAUAAAUGAAAAAACAAUAGUGUUACUUGUUGUAUCAUUUACUAUAGGGAUGCAACACGGACCCCUGAUCUUCUCUCUAUGGACAGCAACCAAGAUUUGACACCCAUGAACCAGACAAGACCAUCCACUUCUGGGUUGAUAGAACUUCAUGUUUACUACGUUCCGGAUAAUUUAUGGAACUCCAAAUUAAACAAGGUUUCCACAGAUGUCAUCAAUAAAUUCAUUUCGAUUGGAUUUAUAAGGGUGUCACCUGAAAUGAGACUACGAACAUUAAGAGAGAGGCUUGGGGAAUUCCUGGGGGAUGAUGUUGUUAUUGAUAAAUUUGUGUUCCUGAAAUGCGUUGGAAGAAGCCUGGCAGUUGUAAAAGCAAAGCAAGAACAGGAGAUCAAAUUGAAAGCUUUUGCCCCGCCUUAUGCAUUUCAACCAGAACUGUACUUACUUCCUGGAGCUGAUUAUGAAGGAAGUAAUUUUGGGUCUUCAGUUAGCCCAGAUGAACAUCAUUAUAACACUGACUAUAUAGGAUUUGAUGGAUCCUCACCAAGAGUAUUGAAUGUUCCUGAGAAAAGCCAGCUACUUGAGAAUGAGAAAUACCAGUCCUUACACACUGAGAGAGUCCAGCCACUGCAAAAUGAGAUUAUCCAGCCUUUACACACGGAAAUGGGACAGCCAUUACACAACCUACAGAACCUGUCUUUACAAACUGAGCAGUCUACACAACUAUACCUAGAAAGGGACCAGCCAUUGCAUUAUGGGAAUGAGCAGCUCUUGCCCACGGAAAUAAACCAGCCUUUAAAUACUGCUAAGAAAACAGUAAUAUAUUCUCAAGAGGAAAAGACUGUAGAUAUCUAUAUGACCAGCAAAGAUCAAGAGGUUACACAGAUUGUAAAUAUGAUGCAGAAUCAAACACAGGGUCAACGCAGGAAAGACUUGUUAUCACCAAGAGGGAAAGAACCACUGCUGCAAGUAAAUCAACAGAACCUCACAAGGUAUCGAAAGGGAACAAAAGAAGAGAUACAAGGGAUUCUGGGGAUUCCAGAGUCACUUGGGGGCCGGGAAACUGAACAUCCAUCUAGAAAACGCAAUGAUGAUCCCUUCACUAAAAAUGCUGAAAAUCCUGAAACUGGGAAAGUCAACAAUCAGUUUGGUGAUAAUUCCCUUAGACAGCUACCUGAGCCAGUACAAUACCUACCUCCCCCACCACCUCCUCCCGUGCCAGUUUUUCCUGUAAUUAGUUCACCAGCUAGCAAGACCCAAACUCAUGGAGAAACUGUUCUUGAACAGUUAAAAAAUCUUAAAGAGGAAAGAAUACAAAUGGAAAAAUCCCGUGAAGAGCUUAUUAAAAAAGCAAAAUCUCUACUAGAGCAAUGCAAGCUUAAACGGUACCAAGCCAGAGACUCCUGGAAAAAAAAAUACUAUGAAAGGAAAAAGGCUACAUCCGUUUUAGAGGAGACUAUAAACAAGCUCCGUACGGACUUGGAGGCUUAUUACCAGAAAUUGCUAACACAGCUUGCAGCUCGCGAUAGCAAAAAACGGACAAAAUACCCCCCUCUUGCCAGUAACUCAAAGAAUGCAGCAAUAAUGCAGAUAACUAAAAAACAGCAAGAAAUUGAUCAACUGAAACGCAAAGUUGAAAAUGCAAAAAUCAAGCUUUUGAUUGAAAUUAAGAUGAGAAAACAAGCAUUGUCUGACUUGAAUGUGCUAAAAGCAGAGCUGGCGCAGAAGAAAGCACAGUCUACGUUACCCCGUAUCCCUGUUUUUUCAAUUUGAUCUCACCCACGAGUGCAUCAGAGCUUGGAAUAAAGUGGAUUUAGUUGCAAAUUGCCAUUGCAGUGUUAUCUUUACAAUGAUAUUUGAUAUUUUUUUAAUGGACUUAAAUGUGUUAUAUAAUCUGCCAGGCCACCCCAUGCAGAAAUGGGAAUCACUUUGAUUUCUGCAGACUUUUGUGUAGUUUUGCAAUUAAUAAUAUACAGGUCAAGUAUGAAAGCUUUUGGAAUAGAUUAACACCUUGUCUGCUGCAGUUUAUCUGACAUCAAACGCCACUAGCCACUUGUCUUAUAUGGAGGAGCCUAUCUGGACGUGUUUCUGUAGACAAGAAUUGUCAUUGUCAUCUUAUUAGCAAAACUUGUAUUAUUUUUUAGAAUGCUAUCUUAUCCCACCUGCUGAGGCCAAUUUGGGGCAGAUAUGCAGCAGGACUUAACUCCAAAUGUAAAUAAAGGGUAAGGAAAGUAAUUAAAGGGAUAGAAAAUCUGCAAUUUUAGUCCACUUACACAAAAUCACUUCUAUUAUCAAAUUUUCUUUGUUCUCUCUGCAUACUUUGUUGAAAAGCAUAUGCACUACUGAGAGCUGUCUCCUGUUAUUGGCUCAUCAGAUGUGUUCAGCUAGCUCCCAGUAGUGCUUUGCUGCACAAACUAUGUAUUUAAUCCCUUUCCAGAGGUCAAUAGUGCAAUAAUAAAAUACUCUAACAGCAUUUUCUUUAUGCACUUUUACAUCAAUUUUAAAUAAAACAACAUUGUAAUAUG